UCAUCACUCGCUGCUCGACAAGAAACGUUGAAAAUUGACGUUCGUUGUCGCCCAAGUGAGCUGUCAUAUUGGUAAGUGCGGAAAAUUGGUUAGUUAUUUUACACAAUACUUAAUUUUCUGAAUUUAUUAAGUGGUAAACUUAUAUAAAUUUUCUUCAAAUCAUAAUUAUUAGUGUCCUCACAGUUUAAUAACCAGUGGAAAAUCGAAAAACCUUUUAUUUCUACAAAAUAAAGUCGAGAAAUCCUUUGUUAUUGAAAUGGCUUCACGUCGUAUUGCACAGACUUCUAUCAACUGGGCCGCUCUGGCCGAGCGUGUGCCUGCUAAUCAAAAGGCCAACUUCGGUGCUUUCAAAACCAAAUCCGACGUUUACUUGCGUAGUGUUUUGGCCAAUCCCGAAAAUCCACCACAAAUCAACUGGGCUCACUACAAGCAAUUGAUUCCAGUCGCUGGUAUGGUUGAUACGUUCCAGAAACAAUAUGAAGCACUGAAAGUACCAUACCCAGUUGAUAAUGUAACCCCACAAGUGGAGGCUGAAAUCAAGGAAACCAAGACCGAAAUCGAAAGUUUCAAAAAGGGUUCCCAAUCACGCAUUGCUCAGUACCAGCAAAACAUUGAUCAUCUAAAACAAAUGUUGCCAUACGACCAAAUGACAAUGGAAGACUACCGUGAUUCAUUCCCUGAACAAGCUUUGGAUCCUAUUAACCGACCAUCAUUCUGGCCUCAUGAUGCUGAAGAACAAAGAGACAACAAAGACAGGGAGCACGCUGAACAUUAAAUGUUACGAAUAGUUCUAGGCAAAAAAGCAUUGAGAACAGCGAUUUAAACAAAAAGUUGUAAUUUGCAAUUAAAAACUUAUAAAUGUAAAAACUCAAUACCGAAUAAAA